CUCUGACCCCUGAAGGUGUAACAUGCCAAGUGGUUGUCAAUGCCAAGUGCGAGGUUGUGGAAUAUUGAUCAAAGUGCUGCGAAGGGGCCAGUCAAUCAGCUCAUUGUGAAUCGGGGAUAGUGAUCAACACGAAAGUAAGAACCGAAGUUCGGACGGAUCAGCGGAUCAGCGGAUCAGCGGAUCAGCAGAUCGGCAAAUUAGUAGGCCUACGACUUUAGAAGGAGAGAGUUGUGUAUGGAGGUGUCAAGAAAUCAUAAAGUGUGUGAAAUUGACUCAAAGCCUGAUCAGAUCAUCAUUACUUAACGUUGAUGCAGCGGUAUCCAACCUAGGAAAUAUUUCAAGAAAAUUUUUCGAGACAUGGACACUAGGGAAAAACAGAGCUGCAGAAAUCCCGAGGAGAAGUCGAAUCCUUUGAGCUAUCUGUGCUUCGGAUGGACAGCGGACAUUUUUUGGAAAGGGGCGACACGAGAUCUUCAAAUCUCGGACUUAUACGAUCCCUUGAAGUCCGAUGAAUCCGAACGUCUGGGCGAUCGUCUCGAAAGGGAGUGGAAUAUGGAGUUAGCCAAGGCGAACAAGGUGCAGGUGGUUGGAAAAAACGGGAAAACAGUACCAAGCGGAAAGCCGUCGCUCGGCGCAGCGAUAGCACGAAUGUUCUGGGCGAGAUACAUGAUCCAGGGUCUACUGAUGCUGGUGCAAUCAGCGGUGCUUCGAGUAUAUCUGCCGGUCCUUCAGGGCUGGGUGGUCAGCCAUUUCAAUCCCGGUGUCAAUCCAGUGAGCCGAAAUGACGCCAUCCUUUACGCUGGUCUGCUUAUCCUCACGAACCUCCUAGUCAUAUUCACGAUACACCACACAGGACUUCGCAAUAGACAGAUUGGAAUGUGUGUCAGAGUUGCUUGCUGCUCCAUCAUAUACAGAAAGGUUCUUAGGCUGAAUCAGGCUGCCGUGAACAACACAGCGGCAGGUCAAGUUUCGAACCUAAUAAGCAACGACGUGGCUCGUUUUGAUAUCGUGCCCCUGUACUUCCACCAUCUCUGGAUCAUGCCGAUUCAGGUCUCGAUCAUGGGGUAUAUCAUGUGGCGAUCUGUAGGAGUUGCCGCUGUGGUUGGAAUCGCCUCGGUGACAUUGCAGAAUUUGCCCAUUCAGAUGUACCUCGGCCGACUCGGCGCCAAUCUGAGAGCUAAAAUCGCGUCUAAAACCGAUGAGCGGGUUCAGAAGAUGAAAGAAUUGAUCUCCGGAAUACAGAUAGUGAAGAUGUACUCUUGGGAAGAACCGUUCGAGAUUGUAGUAUCGACAAUUCGAGCCUUGGAGAUCAGGCUGAUAAAGUACACGUCGUAUCUGAGGGGUUUUUACUUGAGCAUUAUACUAUUCUCGGAGAGACUGUCCCUCUAUUUCACGCUGUUCACAUUUGUUAUGAUGGGAAAUUCGCUGACUGCUGAAAUCACGUUCGUAAUAUCGAGUUUCUUCAGUGUGAUGAUGUUCACAUGCGUAGUUUGCGUUCCUCAAGCAAUCAUAAUGGCCGGAGAGACUGCAGUGACCCUUGAAAGGUUGACGGAAUUUUUGCUGCUGGACGAGGUCCAGUGCCUUGAAGAUGGAAAAAACAAGCUGUCAAAAGAAAUUAGAAGUGAGCCCGAUGUCAUAGAAGUGAUGAAGAGGAACUGGAGACUCGAGAACGGGGUUGGCAUCGAAAUGAAAAAUGUCGCCGCGAAUUGGAUUUUGGGUAAACUGCCACCGACACUGUGCGAGGUUUCGCUGACGAUAAGGAGCAAGUCCUUGUCAGUUUUGGUCGGCCCCGUCGGUUCGGGCAAAUCAUCCUUGCUGCAUCUCAUUUUGGGUGAAUUACCAGUUGGAGCUGGAAAUCUGUCGUUAUACGCUGGCGAAAAUAAACCAGAAAACCAAAUCACCAGUCGUGACAUUAGCAUCUCGUACACCAGCCAGGAUCCUUGGCUGUUCUCUGGUUCCAUACGCGAGAACAUUCUGUUCGGUCAGCCCUAUGAUAAAAAUCGGUACCAAGAGGUAACCAAAGUCUGCGCCUUGCUCAAGGACUUCGCUCAGCUUCCUCAGGGUGACUUGAGUUACGUUGGUGAAGGGGGAGCAUCUCUUUCUGGAGGCCAGAGGGCGCGCGUCAAUUUGGCUAGAGCCAUUUACAGGGAUGCUGAUCUCUACCUUCUCGACGAUCCUCUGAGUGCCGUAGACGCUCACGUCGGUCGCCACUUGUUCGAUGAAUGUAUCAAUGGUUUCCUUAAGGGGAAAACCCGGAUCCUUGUCACUCAUCAGCUCCAAUAUCUUAAGCAGGCAGAUGUCGUCAUUGUUUUGAAUCGCGGCAAAGUUGUACGGCAAGGAGCUUAUGAAGAGGUCGCCACGUUAAAUCUGGACUCCAUAGUUUCACAAUCUGUCGAGCCAGAAGUAUCUACUAUCGAAAUUGAGUACGCUGUGGAAAGUCAGGAGAAGAUCGACUUCACGAAAUUGCAGACUGAAAAAUUGAACGGUAAGGCGGAAAAUAAGUCCGAGGCGACCGAGGCAAGUAAGGAGAGUGGAGAUUUAACAGAGGAGAAAAUGGCGACGGGAGAAAUAUCGACCAAAGUGUACUGGGAGUACUUCAGGUCUGGUGGUAACAUCUGCUCACUGAUAUUCUUCUUGGUGAUAUUCGUAACCGGUCAAAUAGCGGCGAGUGGCACCGACUACUGGAUAACCCACUGGACAAACCAGGAGACCAGGAGGAUCUCUUUGAGCCUGAACAAAUCGUCGACUGUUUCGAAUCAAACGGUCGACCAAACAGAGAACACCGGGCACCUGAAAUGGUUCGACGAAUACGGCGUAAUUCGUCCCAUCGUAGCGGUUUACGUUUACACAUUCUGCAUAGCCGGCUGCGUAUUCUUCGCAAUCUUCAGAAGCGUGCUAUUCAUGAAGCUCUGCAUGAACGCGAGUCAGAAUAUCCACAACACCAUGUUCUCUAAUCUUCUGCAAGCCACAAUGAGGUUCUUCAACACCAAUCCAACUGGCAGGAUUUUGAAUCGCUUCUCGAAGGACAUUGGAACCAUGGAUGAGUUGCUUCCAAGAACGAUGCUCGAAGCGUUCCAAAUAUUCAUGUACAUGGUAGGCAUCCUGGUCAUGAUCGCGAUUGUUAAUACUUGGUUGAUCCUGCCGAUUAUUCUGAUGAGUGGUAUCUUCUACGUCAUUAGGAGCUAUUAUCUGAAAACUGCGCAGAACAUUAAGCGACUGGAAUGCGUCACGAAGAGUCCGGUGUUUUCACACGUCAGCUCAACCCUCGAUGGAUUAACGACGAUAAGAAGCCGAGGACCGCGAGUGGAAGAAUUGCUCCAGAAAGAGUUUGAUCGAUACCAAGAUGCGCACACCGGCGCAUGGUACUUGACGAUAACGACAGCAACCGCGCUCGGAUUUGUUAUGGACAUAAUUUCGUGCGUUUUCAUAGCCUGCGUUUGCUUCACGCUGAUCCUGACGAAUGCUGGUGACACUCUUCCCGGCUCCGUGGGACUAGCUAUUUCUCAGUCCCUUAUGCUAACUGGAAUCCUUCAGUAUGGCGUUAGGCAAGGCGCCGAAGUCAUCUCCCUCAUGACUUCGGUCGAGAGGGUUCUUCAGUACACAAAUCUGCCAAAGGAGGGACCCUUCAAAACCGACAACCCACCGUCGCCAUCUUGGCCUUCUAAAGGUGCUUUGGCCUUCAAUAAAGUGUCCAUGCGAUACGCCGCCGAGAAGCCGCUGGUCUUGAAGGACCUGAACGUGGCGAUAGAACCGGGUCAAAAAAUCGGCAUAGUCGGAAGAACCGGCGCCGGUAAAUCGUCACUGAUUUCCGCGCUGUUUCGGCUGUCAGGAGACGGUCUUGAGGGUGAAAUAAAUUUGGAUGGGAUCGACACGAAGUCGAUUGGACUGCACGAGCUGCGCCCCCGGAUCUCGAUCAUCCCUCAGGAGCCGAUUUUAUUCUCGGCGAGCAUGCGGUACAACUUGGAUCCCUUCGACCAAUUUUCGGACGCUGAACUUUGGGACAGCCUACGGGAAGUUGAGCUUCAUGACGAUGUGACGUCUCUGGAUUUCAAGGUCGCCGGAGGUGGCGCGAAUUUCAGCGUCGGACAGCGCCAGCUGAUCUGUUUAGCCAGAGCCAUCUUGAGGAAGAACAGGAUACUCGUUCUCGACGAAGCGACCGCCAACAUUGAUCCAAGCACCGACGCUCUCAUCCAAAACACCAUCAGACGGAAAUUCGCUGAUUGCACCGUCCUGACGAUAGCUCAUCGGUUGAACACGAUCAUGGACAGUGAUAAGGUCCUUGUAAUGGACGGAGGUCGGAUUGCGGAAUAUGGCCAUCCUUACUUGCUGUUGGAAAAUCGUUACGGUAGUUUUUCACAAAUGUUACGGCAGACAGGAAAAUCGAUGGCGGAACAACUUUCCGAGAUAGCCGAAAGAGCAUAUCGAUCCGCUAUUUCCAAUGAAGAUGGAUCUGAUGAGAAACUGAACGAGGAAAGAAGAAUUGCAGCUUCUGUAAAAGAAGUUACGUACUUAUAACGAAAUAGAUAAAAUUGAUAGUUAUAUGUUUGUAAACGUGAAUAAAAAAAUAAAUGAAUAUCAAUUAU